AUCGUUUUUUCCAGCAAACUUACGAAAGUGUAAACAUCAGUUUACACUUUAAUGAAUGUUAUAUUUAGUAUUUGUUUAAUACAUUUUGCUGCUGAAUUCAUAUCAGCUGAAUUGUACUGUUAUUCUUGUACAAGUGCUCAAUCGGGUUGUGGUGAUCCAAUUGAUGUAAGAUUAAUUCACUGGAAAAAAUGUUCUGGUCGAGCAUUGAUUGAAAAUUAUUGUGUAAAAUUAAUCGAAAAAGUUCAAGAUCAAACUACUGUAACUCGUGGUUGUUUAAGUGAUUUAAUAAUGAAUACACAAUAUCGUUUAGAUAUGCCACAACUUCGUCGUCAUGGUUACUGUGUUAAUUCUCGUGAUUAUCAACAUUAUUUAUUAAAAGUUUUAAAAGGGAAAACUUUAGUUGAAACUGCUAUGGGAUUAUUUAGUGAUGAGAAUAUGGAUUUUAAACGUUUUUGUUAUUGUAAUGAUUUUAAUGGUUGUAAUCAUGUAAAUAAUUUGAAAGUUUCAACAAUUUUAAUUUCUUUUAUUAUAAUAUUGACACUUUUAUGGAUUCAUUGAAAUACUUUUAUUUCCAUUACCUAUUUUUAUCGAUUUAAUUUUAACACUACUUUUAAACUUAUAAGUAGUUAAAGUAUUUUAACUAAAAAUAUCCUGCUCCUGAUUCCUUUAAAAUGUAUAUAAUCAUAAGUGAAUAUUUGAAACUGUUGAUUUAUAACGUUUGGUAAUAUUUUGUAAAUUAUAAAAGAAAAAUUUGUUUACAAUAGAA